AUGGAGAAGGGGUCGUUGAGGGAUGGGCGCUAUGUGUUGGUGGUGUGUGGCAGUGGUAUGCGUAGGAGUGGGAUGAGUGUAUGUCCUGCACUCCACUGGGUGGAUAUGAUCAUGCUUACCACUUUUGCUGCGCAUGAUCCCGACGAAUCGCCACUGGUGGUGUUGAAUUGCGGCCAUGCACUGACUGUCGAAACACUGGACGGUCAUCUGGACAUGUCGGCCUUCUAUGCAUCCCACUUGGUACGUAUACCUCUUGGUUUCAUCUCAUACGUCAAGUAG